CGGGCGGCUUAGGUGCUUCGGCUUUCUCCCCUUCCCAGCCUACUUCGAGGAUCGAGGUGGGCACUUGGGCGACUAGAACUAGAAGAAGUGGGAUUUCGCAAUGGAGGAUUCCAGCGGCACCUCGCCGUCGCCGGCCAUCCUACGGAAUAGGUACUGGAUCCUCCGCCACGGCCGCAGCGUACCCAACGAGCGCGGCCUAAUAGUCUCAUCUCUGGAGAACGGCACGAAGCCGGAGUUCGGGCUGGCACCGCCGGGAUUCGAGCAGGCGCGCGCUGCCGGCGAGCUGCUCCAGAAGGAGCUCGACGAGAUGGGUGUGCCGGUGGAUUCAGUCAAGAUCCGUUACUCGCCCUUCUCACGAACCACCGAGACUGCCAGAGUGGUUGCCGGUGUGCUCGGCAUCCCCUUUGAAGGUCCUAGCUGCAAAGCGGUGAUGGGACUCCGUGAGCGCUACUUUGGGCCAUCAUACGAGUUACAUUCACAUGAUAAGUAUGCAGAGGUAUGGGCAGUAGAUGAAGCACAUCCCCAUAUGGCUCCAGAAGGUGGCGAGAGUGUCGUAGAUGUUGCUAAUAGACUAUUAGCUGUGCUGUCUUCUACAGAGACAGAUUUUCAUAGCUCAGAAAUCCUUAUAGUCAGCCAUGGGGACCCACUACAAAUCUUUCAGGCUGUACUCAGUGGAGCCAAGGAGAACGCAUCUUUCCUUGAUGGCGUGAGAGACCUGAAAGUGAAAGGCACGGCUGUGGCAUCUGUGCUAUCACAGCAUCGUAAGUUUGCACUUGCCACAGGAGAGGACCGCGAUUUGAAUGGAUACAAAGUGCAUGGUUAUUCGUUAACUUUAUAGAUAGCAACAAGUCCCCUCCCCUGAUGUAUGUCUGGAGUCCACAUCUUUUCCCUUGGUUGAAUUGUCAGUUUUGCCAUGUUGGCAGUGGAUUGGCUGGUUUGCCAUUAAGGACAGACAUGCUUGCAGCUCAAAUGUGAGGGAGAGAUUUAGUCCACUUAACCCCGACACUCUGGUUCUAUCUCCCUUUCUUUGUUGCGGCAGAACAAGAUGAGGAUUGUGCAUCUGCUGACAUGGUCCGGCCCGGGCUUGCCCUUGAUAUCGUUAGAGUUCAGAGGUCCCUUUGCUGUUGCUAGUUUGGAAGAUGUUCAAAUUGUCGUGAUCUGGGAACAUUUUUUCGGUUGUAAUUGUUGCAAUCUGGAACUAAUCUUGCAUGGAAUUCCCCGUCCUUGCUUGUUCGA